AUGAUAUUUUAGAUACUAGAAGAAUUUUUAAAGGCUAACUUAAGCAAUCUUUCAGAAGCCUAACUUAAUUUUAGAGAUAGUUUUAUAAAUGAUUAAAAAGCAGCACUUUUAGGAGUUAAAUUAUAAAGUUGUAAAGAUAUUUAAACGCUCUUUAUUAAUUUAAGUGGAAAUAAUAUUGGAACUUAUGGUAUCUCACAUAUAGCUAAUGGAAUAGGAAAUUGUAUAAACGUCUAAAAUAUAAGCAUCAAUAUAUCUGGAUUAAGUUUAAUAUAAUAUAAUACCUUAAGUUAAAUUGAUUAUAAGGGUGCUUUGUGUUUAGGAAAAAAUGUAGGGCAAUGCACAAAUUUAAUUUCUCUUUGUAUCAACUUAGAAAAUAAUUAAAUUGGUGAUUUAGGUGCUUAAAAUAUUGUAAAAAAUCUGAAUAGAUGCAAGUAUCUCUAAACUCUGGAACUAUAUCUUGCACAAAACGAAAUUGGUGAAAAAGCUUUAUUUGGAGAAGGAUUAGGUAAGUGCUAGAAUAUAUAAUACUUAAAUUUAAACUUAAGUGGAAAUAAUAUUCAAGAAGAAGGAGCCUCAGAAUUGGCAAAAGGUCUAUCUAAAAUAAAAUCUUUAAACUAUUUUAAACUAGAUUUUUAUGGGAAUCAAAUUAAUGAAAAAGGUGGAUAUGAAUUAGGAGUUAGUAUAAGUUAAUUGACUAAUCUCUAAGUAUUGAACUUAAACUUAGGCUCUAACCGAAUAAUGAGUAAAGGUGCUUCUAGUCUUGGAAAAGGGAUAUAAAAUUGUUAAAAUUUAACAGAUUUAGUAUUGUAUUUAGAUUCUAAUUAUAUUGGAUACAAAGGAGUAGAAGAUUUAAUCAAAGGAAUUCAAAUUAGUAGAAAUAUUAAAAACAUGGUUUUAGAUUUAUAGAAUUAAACAGCAAUAACAUUUAAAGGUGUAUGCAAAUACAGCCAAAUUUUAUAAGAAUGUUUUAAUUUAUAGAGUUUGCAAUUAAUUAUAGAGCUCUUUAAAAUCUAAAGUAGAGUCUAAUGA